AUGCCUGUAAACGCACGAGCCAAGACUGGGUGGACUGCACUGCAUGUCGCGGCGAUCGUCGGGCGCCCUGCAGCGGUGAAAUGUCUGCUGGAGUGUGGUGCAAAUGUCAAUGCGAGGAGUGACAAGCAGGAGACACCCCUACACUUUGCCGCAUUGUAUGGCAGAGUAAAGGAAGUAGAGCUGCUGAUUGCUGCCAAAGCAGACCUGGAAGCAGCUGACGAGAUGGGGGACACACCCCUGCAGUUGGCUGCGGCAUGGAACCAUGAGCGUGUGGUGAAUGUGCUUCUGAAGGCUGGUGCGAAAAUGAGAGACAGGGGCUUCCAGGAAAGGGCUCAUACGUGCGUUAUGGAGGAUGUGAGCAACCUUCUCCUACAUCUUAAAUUGGAUGUAGGAGAAGAACAGUGA